AAUGACUCAGGUCUUGUAUUCACACCUCAGCCAUUUCCGUCUCCCCCACAAGCCACAGCCACUCUGUGAGAGGAAGCUGGGGUUUGUGGUUCCUGUUUUGCCUAGGGACAAGGAGUAGGAGUGAAGAGGGGUUGGUAAGAGCUCUGGCUUCUCAUUUCAGGGUCAUUAAUGCUUCCCUAAGGGGAAGAAGGGGCCGGGCUGGUGGCUCCAAUGUCCAUUCCCUCAUCUGUAGUCAUUCUUGCAAAACAAAACUUGGCUAAGCUUCGUGUUGUGGUUAUUUGUGUCUACCUCUCAACCUCUUGUGAGUUCCUUGAAGGCAGAGGCCAUGUAUGACAUGUUGCUGAGUUUCUAGGGCACCGCAAGCGUAGUAGGACACCAUAUUUCAUUGGUUGAGUGACCUGGGAAGCAGCCCAAGGGGGCCACAUUUCAAACAGCAGUCUGAGGACUUGGUGGUGAGAAAGAGCUGGUAGAGGUGGGCACCAGCUGGUGGAAGCCCAUAGAAGGGAUUAGCAGGGGAAGGACUCCGUGAAGAAAAUUCAGAUGCUGCUUAACUACCUAGAGAAAGUUUUAAACCAGCGGUUCCAGGGUUCUCCCGGCCUCUCUCUGUCCCCCGCCCCGAGGCUGGGAAGGCCUAAAGCGAAGACAGAGAGAGGACCCGGAAGUUGUGGUGACCUCCAAAAGCACGUGAUGAGGGACCCGCUGGUGUUGUCACGUGAGCCGCCCACCUGCGGUACCUCGGGGCCGAACUUGCAGCUGCUCUUAAAGACCCUCAUCCGCCGGGUCAGAGCCAAGCCUGGACUCUCGCUGACUUUGAACCCUUCGCGGGAUCUGAACUUGAUGCCAUGGGAGGCUGUGCGGGCUCGCGGCGGCGCCUUUUGGAUUCCGAGGGGGAGGAGACCGCCCCCGAACCUCGGCCCCGUCUGUUAGACCGUCAGGGAGCCCUUUGGAAGAACGCGAUGGGUUUCUGGCUCCUGGGCCUUUGCAACAACUUUUCCUAUGUGGUGAUGCUCAGCGCCGCCCAUGACAUCCUUAGCCACCAGAGGGCAUCCGGGAACCAAAGCCGUGUAGACCCAGACCCAGCGCCCACCACCCGCAAUAGUUCAUCUCGAUUUGACUGCAACUCUGUCUCCACGGCUGCGGUGCUCCUGGCCGACAUCCUCCCCACCCUCGUCAUCAAAUUGCUGGCCCCUCUUGGUCUUCAUCUGUUGCCCUACAGCCCCCGGGUGCUCGUCAGCGGGAUUUGUUCUGCGGGAAGCUUCAUCCUGGUUGCCUUUUCUCAUUCAGUGGGGACCAGCCUGUGUGGUGUGGUCUUGGCUAGCAUCUCGUCAGGUCUGGGGGAGGUCACCUUCCUCUCGCUCACCGCCUUCUACCCCAGGGCCGUGAUCUCCUGGUGGUCCUCAGGAACCGGGGGAGCAGGGCUGCUGGGAGCGUUGUCCUACCUGGGCCUCACCCAGGCUGGCCUCUCCCCCCAGCACACCCUGCUGUCCAUGCUGGGUAUCCCCGCCCUGCUGCUGGCCAGCUAUUUCUUUUUGCUCACAUCUCCCGAGCCCCAGGACCCUGGAGGGGAGGAAGAGGCAGAGACAUCAGCCCGGCAGCCCCUGAUAAACAGCGAGGCCCCCGAGGCGAAGUCAGACUCCAGCUCGAACCUCUCCCUUCAGGAAAGGUGGACCGUGUUCAAGGGCCUGCUGUGGUACAUCGUCCCCUUGGUCCUGGUCUACUUUGCGGAGUAUUUCAUCAAUCAGGGGCUUUUUGAGCUCCUGUUCUUCCGGAACACGUCCCUGACUCACGCUCAGCAGUACCGCUGGUACCAGAUGCUCUACCAGGCCGGCGUCUUUGUGUCCCGCUCUUCUCUCCGCUGCUGUCGAAUCCGCUUCACGUGGGUCCUGGCCCUGCUGCAGUGCUUCAACCUGGCCUUCCUGCUGGUGGACGUGUGGUUGAGCUUCCUGCCCAGCAUCUACCUCGUCUUCCUGAUCAUUCUGUAUGAGGGACUCCUGGGCGGUGCUGCCUAUGUGAACACCUUCCACAACAUUGCGCUGGAGACGAGUGAUGAGCACCGGGAAUUUGCCAUGGCGGCCGCCUGUAUCUCCGACACCUUGGGCAUCUCCCUGUCAGGGCUCCUGGCCCUGCCUCUGCACGACUUCCUUUGUCAUCUGUCUUGACACUCUGGCUUCUUGGAGCACUGGUCACACUAAUCUGGGCCUGCGCUGACAGGCGGGCAAGUCAGGCCGCGGGCCCACAGCCCAGAGCUCGUUCCCAGAGCUCCGCCCCAGGCUUCCCUGCACGGCUGGGGUGCAGAGAAGCACCGAGGUUCCGUUCCCCCUUGAGCUGGGGGGGAGCCGUUUUCUCCCACUCCCAGGCUGGCCUUGGGGGGUUUCUUCACGGCAUUAUGUCCUUGGAAUAAAUGCCUAUUUUGUCAAUUGA